GACUUUCAAGAAUGGGAGUAGACUAGACAUGUUUUUGCUUAUAAAACAUCUUAAAUUUAUGUCCCAUGCACUCUUUCUCAGGAAUUUACUAGAGGAUGUGCUUAUUAAAAUGAAAGUGGAGGUGUGUGGAAAGUGGAAGAUUACCCAGAAGACCAGACACCAGUAGAUACAGAAUGCUGCCGCUUUCCUACUCCCAGUCACUUCCUGCCUUGUGACCACACACCCGGGCUUGGCAAAGCUGUUCUGCAGAUCAGAAAGAAGGGAGUUUUGGUCACACGCCAAACUACCAAGGACAGUUUCUCUACAAGAUCUGUUACCUAAAGCAGUGAAAAAUGGCCAGAGGAUCAGUGUCCGAUGAGGAAAUGAUGGAGCUCAGAGAAGCUUUUGCCAAAGUUGAUACCGAUGGCAAUGGAUACAUCAGCUGCAAUGAGUUGAAUGACUUGUUCAAGGCUGCUUGCUUGCCUUUGCCCGGGUACAGAGUAAGAGAAAUUACAGAAAACCUGAUGGCUACAGGUGAUCUGGACAAAGAUGGGAAGAUCAGCUUUGAUGAGUUUAUCAAGGUUUUUCAUGGCCUAAAAAGCACAGAGGUUGCCAAGACCUUUAGAAAAGCAAUCAAUAAGAAGGAAGGGAUUUGUGCAAUCGGCGGUACUUCAGAGCAGUCCAGUGUUGGCACCCAACACUCCUACUCAGAGGAAGAAAAAUACGCCUUUGUCAAUUGGAUAAACAAAGCCCUGGAAAAUGAUCCUGAUUGCAGACAUGUUAUCCCAAUGGACCCAAAUACGAAUGACCUCUUUAAUGCUGUUGGGGAUGGCAUUGUCCUCUGUAAAAUGAUCAACCUGUCGGUGCCAGAUACAAUUGAUGAAAGAACAAUCAACAAAAAGAAACUCACUCCUUUCACCAUUCAGGAAAAUUUGAACUUGGCUCUGAACUCAGCCUCAGCCAUCGGGUGCCAUGUGGUUAACAUAGGGGCUGAGGACCUAAAGGAGGGGAAGCCGUAUCUGGUCCUGGGACUUCUGUGGCAAGUCAUCAAGAUUGGGUUGUUUGCUGACAUUGAACUCAGCAGAAAUGAAGCUCUGAUAGCUCUUUUGAGAGAAGGUGAGAGCCUGGAGGAUUUGAUGAAACUCUCCCCGGAAGAGCUCCUGCUGAGGUGGGCUAAUUACCACCUGGAAAAUGCAGGCUGCAACAAAAUUGGCAACUUCAGCACUGACAUCAAGGACUCAAAAGCUUACUACCACCUGCUUGAGCAGGUGGCUCCAAAAGGAGAUGAAGAAGGUAUUCCCGCUGUGGUUAUUGACAUGUCAGGACUAAGGGAGAAGGACGAUAUUCAGAGGGCAGAAUGCAUGUUGCAGCAGGCGGAGAGGCUGGGCUGCCGGCAGUUUGUCACUGCCACAGAUGUUGUUCGAGGAAAUCCCAAGUUGAACUUGGCGUUCAUUGCCAACCUCUUUAACAGAUACCCUGCCCUACAAAAGCCGGAGAACCAGGACAUCGACUGGGGGGCUCUUGAAGGGACAUUUAGGAACUGGAUGAAUUCCUUGGGUGUUAACCCUCGAGUCAAUCAUUUGUAUAGUGACUUAUCAGAUGCCCUGGUCAUCUUCCAACUCUAUGAAAAGAUUAAAGUCCCUGUUGACUGGAACAGAGUAAACAAACCACCAUACCCCAAGCUGGGGGGCAAUAUGAAAAAGCUUGAGAAUUGUAAUUAUGCUGUAGAGCUGGGGAAGAAUCAAGCUAAGUUCUCCCUGGUUGGCAUUGGUGGACAAGAUCUCAAUGAAGGAAACCGCACACUAACAUUGGCCUUGAUCUGGCAGCUAAUGAGAAGGUACACACUGAAUAUCCUAGAAGAAAUUGGUGGUGGGCAGAAGGUCAAUGAUGACAUUAUUGUCAACUGGGUGAAUGAAACACUGAAGGAAGCAGGGAAAAGUUCAUCCAUCUCCAGUUUCAAGGACCCAAAGAUAAGUACAAGUCUGCCAGUUUUGGAUCUCAUUGAUGCCAUCCAACCAGGUUCCAUUAACUAUGACCUUCUGAAGACAGAAAGCCUGGAUGAUGAAGAAAAACUCAACAAUGCAAAAUAUGCCAUCUCGAUGGCCAGGAAAAUUGGAGCAAGGGUGUAUGCCCUUCCAGAAGACCUGGUUGAAGUGAAUCCUAAGAUGGUCAUGACAGUGUUUGCUUGCCUCAUGGGGAAAGGAAUGAAGAGGGUGUAAGGCCCAGAGAAGGUGGGGCAGGAAGCGGUACGCUCAGUCCUGACUGCCUAGCACAGGAUGCUCCCAGGAAGCACGGCGACAGUUCAAGCCAUUCCAAAGUUCUCGACUUGAUGACAUUAUACAAGAUUACAAAAGUGCAUAUGUGUUCAAUCAAGUAGCCAAGUAACAAAAAGUGCUUCAUUCCUUGUGGAAAAUCCAGUCUCCCACAAUUUUUUUUUGUUCUUGAUUUAUUAGCUUCUUCAAAAGUCUAAAAAAUAAGAAGUUAUUUUCCAGAUACUUUCCUGCUUUUGCUGUUAGUUAGGAAUAGAAGCUGCAGUGUUAUUAAUUUUGACCAUAUAUAUUAAAUAUUAAUUAUUAAUCUUUCAAACCAGUUUAAUUUGGCUGCCUUUUUCUUUGUGUAAGGUGAGGACCCUGAGGCGGAAUCAGUCCUGUCCUGAAACUUUUUAGUAGAGGCUGACUUUGAUCUGUUCCAAGCCUCUGUUUCUGUCCCCUUCUCCUACUGUUUGCCUGUGCUUUGCUCUAGACACUCUCAGAACUAUGCCUUCUCUGUGGUCCAACUUGUCAGCCAUCCUUGUCUCUGGGCCUCCUGGAGAAGAUGACAAAUCGAUCAGUAAGGCUUUUGGGGCACCAAGGUCUCUGAUAGCCUGCAGAAAUAAGCUUCAGCAUCAGAGCCUUUCCACAAAACUGAGGUCCUAAAUGUCAUUAGUUUUUGGGGGUUUUUUUCAGCCAAUAGGAAGCGCUCUGUUUUUUUAUGUUAGGAUUUGGGCUGAGACCUGAUCUAACAUGGUGACUGCUGUGCCCUAGAUAGAUUCCUAACUACUGGACUCUAAGAGAGUAUGAUAAAACAAUGAGCCACUAGGGGGCAGCGUGGGGCUAUAACAGCAUCUAGUCUUCAGGGUACUCACUCUCCACUAUUCAGCCCUGCAGGUUAGACGGAGCUAUUAUACCUGGUGACUUUUGGAAGAAAUCCUGCUUUGCUGUCAUUUGCUCUUAGACCUUAGCAUAUCUGAUUCCUGCCAGGCCAUAUUAUCAACGUUUACAUUUUUUUAUACUAUAUGAGCUGUCGCCACCUCAAAGCUCAAGGAGGCAAUUUGUGCCAAUGUAUAACACCCCUGUCCAGACCCCACAUACACAUAAUCACAUAUACAUGAACUAGCCUGAUGUCAAGGGUAGAAUGACUACAUGCUGGAUGUAGAACUGGCUAAGCUGCCUUAUAAAGAGUUCGUUUAUUAGACAUUUUUAAAAUUCCCAAAUGCAAUUCCCAUGAAAACAGACGGAAGGCAUGGCAGCAGCACUGUGAACCAACACUGUACUCCCUGUCAUGGCGAAAGGGCUCAUCAGUGUGGUGUCGUCUUCAGGGGUAGUAUGUAAUGGAACUUAGCCAUUUCUUAAAGCAAUUGAAAUGCGUUGCCCUGGAUCCAUCCCUUGGCAGUGGGCUCAGGAAGUCAAUGUGUGACUUCUCCCACCCCCUAACCAGGAUUUCUGCUAAAUCUGAAUGCAAAGUGAUUGGCUUUGGCUUUAGUCUGAACUUAAUGCAGCCUCGGAUGAUUUUCCUCCAUCUGCUUCCAGGAAGGAAGAACGUUUCUGCCUUAAUGGAAAACGAAGAUAAAUUAAUGCUCAAAAUCUUUCCAAAUAAAAUGUUCCCUAUA